AUGUUCGGAUCCAAAGAUAACCGCCUCAUCUACACAUACGAUGCCGAGCAGCUAUGGAUCGAGCCCUGGGGUCGCAACGCAGUGCGCGUCCGCGCCACUAAAAUACCUACCAUGCCACAGGAAGACUGGGCGCUCCUACAACAGCCCGACAUUACAACCAAUAUCGACAUCGCCAGCAAUGGCGAGUCAACUACCCUCACCAAUGGUCUCGUCAAAGCCACCAUCACCAAGCGAGGCAAGAUUACAAUCUCAAACACCUCCAGCGGUAAAGUCCUCUUAGAAGAAUACGCCCGUCAUCGCCGCGACAUCAUUGAUCCCAAAUGCAGUGCUCUAGAGGUCGAAGCCCGGGAAUUCAAGCCCAUCCUUGGCGGCGACUAUCACCUUACUGCCCGGUUCGAGAGCCUGGAUCCCAAGGAGAAGAUCUAUGGGAUGGGACAGUACCAGCAACCUUACCUUGAUAUUAAAGGCACGCAAUUGGAGCUUGCGCAUAGAAAUUCACAGGCCAGCGUACCGUUUGCUGUUUCUUCGCUUGGAUAUGGACUGUUGUGGAACAACCCGUCGAUCGGUAAUGUGGUUUUUGGAAAAAACGUUAUGAGUUUCGAAGCAUUGUCGACGAAGGUAUUGGAUUAUUGGGUUGUGGCCGGUGAUACACCAGCGCAGAUUGUCGAGUCGUAUGCUGAUGCUACUGGCAAGGUGCCUAUGAUGCCAGAAUACGGCCUAGGCUUUUGGCAAUGUAAACUCCGCUACCAAACCCAAGAAGAGCUCCUGCAAGUCGCCCGAGAGUACCGCAAACGGAACCUCCCCAUCGAUCUUAUCGUGAUUGACUUCUUCCACUGGCCCAUGCAAGGAGACUGGAAAUUUGACGAAAAGUACUGGCCAGAUCCCGAGGCCAUGGUCGAAGAACUGAAGCAGUUGAAAAUCGAACUCAUGGUAUCCAUCUGGCCAACCGUAGACCGACGAUCAGAAAACCACGAGGAGAUGGUGGAAAGGGGGCUGCUUAUUCGCACUGAACGUGGUGUACGCACAGCUAUGACUUUCCAGGGUCAAACAAUCCAUUUCGAUGCGACGAACCCGGCUGCACGAGAUUAUGUGUGGAACAAAGCGAAGCAGAAUUACUACAAGAAAGGUAUCAAGGUAUUUUGGUUGGACGAAGCGGAGCCAGAAUAUCGACACUACGACUUCGAUCUCUACCGUUACCACCUGGGUCCAAACGUAGCGAUCGGAAACAUCUACCCUCGAGAGUACUCCCGCGCGUUCUACGAGGGCAUGGAGAAAGAAGGUCAAAAGGACAUUGUCAACCUAGUUCGUUGUGCAUGGGCUGGUAGCCAGCGCUAUGGCGCUCUCGUAUGGAGCGGCGAUAUUUCAUCAUCAUGGUCAAGCUUCCGCAACCAACUCGCUGCAGGACUCAAUAUGGGUCUGUCCGGCGUGCCAUGGUGGACAACCGAUAUUGGAGGUUUCCACGGCGGGAAUCCAGAUGACGAAGCUUUCCGUGAACUUUUCGUCCGGUGGUUCCAAUGGGGUACCUUCUGUCCGGUGAUGCGGUUACAUGGAGAUCGAGAACCGCGACAGCCGAAGACUAAGAAUAGUCCAUCUUGUCGCAGUGGUGCGGACAACGAAGUGUGGUCGUAUGGUCCAGCGGUAUAUGAGAUCUGCAAGAGGUACAUGGGCAUUCGCGAAGAUUUACGCGAGUACACACGGAAGCUCAUGGAGGAGGCCCAUAAGAAGGGUUCGCCGGUUAUGAGAGCUCUCUUCUACGAGUUCCCUGAAGACAACAAGUCUUGGGAGGUGGAGGAACAGUAUAUGUAUGGGGAUAAGUACUUGGUGUGUCCUGUUCUUGCUAAGGGUCAGGUGAAGACAACGGUUUAUCUUCCACCGUUGCCUAGUGGGCAGAAGUGGAAGAGCUUUUGGGGUGAGCAGACGUGGGAUGGUGGGAAAGAUGUUGAGGUGGGUAACGCCUUCAGUAGCAGCAAUCUGCAACCCGACAAUGCCAGUCAGGAAAACAACGGCGAACUAAUGAUAGCCGACUUCAAUGACGCGAUACCAGAGUCUUCUAUGAGCGCGUGGACGUGGAAUAGCAAUGUCAACACUAUGGCUGGUCCUGACGCAUUUGGCCUACCUGGCUUGAGUUUGUCAGACGUCAAUUGGCUUUCGCCACAGUAUUCAGGACCAAUCGACUUGGAUGCACUGCUCGCGAACAUGGGAGGAAAUGCUAAUGGUAGUGUGGAGCAAUGGCCCUGUUCUAUCGCUACUACGAUGCCCUCAGUUCCAGCGAUCACCACAGUUCAGCCCGUGUCACAUCCAGAAAGGAUUGACUACAACACGGGAAACACUCCAAGGAAAAUUGCCUCAGAAAGAUCCACGUCGAUUUCGGAAAAUAGAUACUACGUUGACGGGACUGGUGCCAGGGCCCCGUUUGGUGGUAGAGGCCAGCACUCGAUCUGCUCAGAAGAAACUAUAGAUUUGGAAGAAGAAGAAACCAACAUUGCAAUCACGCCAUUCCAAACGCCAAGCACAUGCUCCCUAUGUCCGUUGAUAGCAUACCAGUCUCUCAUAGAGGGCAUCACCACUGAAAGUCGCAAUUACCUCAUCGAGAUAAACGCUUCGAGUUUGCCUACGCAUGAACAAGUGGCCUUGUCCAUUCGCCAAUACUUCGACCGUUUCCAUCCAGUCUUCCCAUUCUUGAGGCGAUCGUCUUUCGCGGACGAUGCUUCCAAGAGCUGGCUCUUGUUGCUCGCUGUGUCGAUUGUCGGUUCAAGAUACUCGCAACUAUCGCAGCAUGCACGACUGAGCGAACAGCUCUUCCGCCUGCUAGGCGCCGUCCUCACGCGCUGUAAGUAUGGUGUAGAGUCGCAAGUGACGAUAGACGAUGAGGACGUUGAUUACAACCCCAGCUGCCCAGCCCGGUUCAACGUCCGCCCUAGCAUACCUGACCUACAGGCCGGUAUCUUGAACAUGGCUUGCAUGCUUCAUUCUGGCAAAAAAGCUCUUGUUGAACGUGCCUUGGUAGAACGACACAAUCUGGUAGAAGUUUGCCACUCACUGCGUUUGCUCAUGCAGGCGAAGCGAUCUUACGAUCCGAGGACAGCAGCUGACCCUGACCACGAUUCCGUCCGUGACUGGCUUAUAAUAGAGUCGAGGAUCCGCACUGGGAUGAUGAUAUGGACUCUUGAUACUUUGUUCGUUUAUGAGUUUCAGGCCAAACCCCUUAUGCGAAUCGAAGACAUCGAUGUGCGCCUGCCAUGUCACGAAGACAUAUGGGAGCAACCAGCUUUGAUCCGACACAGUCAGAAGGGUAUUCCUGAUGUCACACUCACAGAAGCCCUAGAGAUGAUGUAUGUGGAAAAGCGGUUACCCACCGACCUUGGAGAAUUCAGUAUGGGGUUGCUUGUCACUACUAUCUACCGACAUACUAGGGAUGUUCUAGCUAGGGAUCGAAUUCGACUGAACUCAUGGACACCAACAUCUACGCCACAGCGCCGUAGCGACCUGCAACCACCUGUACAGCAGGAUUGGUUACCGACAACGCGAUUGGCGACUAAGUGGCGCAACAGUGCUUGUGAUUGCUUGGAUGUUUUGCAUUGGCCUGCGAAUAGCAAGGUCGCUCGCCACUCAGGUUUUGAGCACCACACUAUUCUCCAGCUGCAUCUAGCUCGCCUAAUCAUACUGGCUCCAACUAGCGCUAUACAAGGAUUUGCUUCGGGGUCUGCGUCAAAGGAUCUAGCCCAGAGCGAUAGGGAUAGCCAGUCAUUCGCUACGGCUCGUAUCCAGGUCCUACAGUGGGUCAUUCGAGAUCACUGCAAGGCCAGACUUUGCUUGGUACACUGUGGGGCUUUGUUCUGGCACGUCCGCAGAUAUAGCUGUAGCAGUCUGCUUGAGCCAUACGCAGUCUAUAUCGCGACCCUCAUACUAUGGGCGUUCUGCAUUUGCAUGCAACUUCCUGAAGCCGUCGAAGCUAUUGCUUCCGAGUCCGACGAAGUUCCAGAGCCAUCGUUCCUCCACCUCGAUCGACCAUUAGAUGAUGAGCUGGUUCAAACAUACGUGCGAAUGGGCCAUAAAAUGUCAGCUUAUAUUGCCAAUGUUGGCAGCCUUGAACAUGAAGCAGCUCCAAUGCAGAUUGCAAGAGAAGGGAUUUCAUUGUUGGCCAAAGGCUCUGAGCAUGCAUCCAGUUCCGACUACAGUUCCCUGUCUUCCGCCAAAGAUGCUUGCCCUACGUGGGGCAUCGAAAGAUCUUAUAUAAACCUCCUGCGUCUUCUCACGAAGGAGCAACAAGAUGAAUAUCUUGCGGCGUGA